AAGCGGAAGCCCGCCAUCCAUUGACGCGAACGCGUGUGGUUCGUGAUUGUGUUGUCUGUUUAAGCAGCAAGUCAAAGAUUCGUCGUCCGUCUACGACUGGGAGCGCUUUGGAAGGAUGGCGUACCGAGGGCAAGGCCAGAAGGUUCAGAAGGUUAUGGUUCAGCCCAUUAACCUAAUCUUCAGAUACCUCCAAAAUCGCUCAAGGAUCCAAGUGUGGUUGUAUGAACAGGUCAACAUCAGAAUAGAGGGUUGUAUCAUUGGUUUUGAUGAAUACAUGAACUUGGUUCUUGAGGAUUCCGAGGAAGUCCACAUGAAGACAAGGAACAGGAAGCCACUGGGAAGGAUCAUGUUGAAAGGUGAUAACAUCACCUUGCUGCAGAGUGUGUCCAAGUGACAAGAUGACUGUUGAAAUGUUUGUUCAUUUUCAUGUCCAUUUCUACAUGUUUUCAUUUUUAAAAUAAAGUUUUUCUUUGUCAUAA